CAGUUUUCCUCCACGUUGGCCGCACAUGCGCAGAAGGCUCGGUCACCUGCACGAACAAGGAAGUCAAAGGAGCGUUCAAUGUGAAAUCAAAACAUUUCUUAGACUGAUAGUUGUCAUCUGCUCGUCAAUUUUUAAAGCAACGUCGACUGGACAAGAUGUUCAAAAAACUCAAGCAGAAGAUAAACGAGGAGCAGUCGCCGCAGAAGAACGCGCAGACUCCUCAACAGGCCCAGAUGGUGUCUGGAGACCGCCGGAACAGCCAAACUCGCCCAUUUCAGCAUGACGGUGUUCCUUCUGCCAGUGACAGAGAGGUACUGGCCGGAAUGAUAGCAGAACCCGCUUUUCUCUCUGAGUAUACUAUCUUUGCUCUGGACCAUUCAAAACGACCCAAAACAGCACAGGUAGCCAGUGUGAGUGCCUCUAAAGAGCCAACCGGAUCUCCCAGAGGAAGUAUCAAUGGGGAUGGAAGCGUGUCUCCUCAUAGAGAAGAACCACAGUCCUUUGCCCAAAAACUACAGCUCAAAGUCCCCUCAAUGGAGUCCAUCAUUCGAAGUGGCGCCAGUCGGGCUGAACACCUCUUCCGCUCUCCCUCGAAAGAAAACCUGGUUCGGAGCUCAUCACGCGAGUCCUUGGCACAUUUGGGAGAAAACGAAGCCUCUGGUGCCCCUACAUAUGACCCGCCUUCAGACAUUGAGAGUGAGGCUGAAGAGGCGCCAGGGAACACAGAGUCUCUCUCCAAAGAUCAACUGCUGCAUCGUUUGGUCAGAGUGGAGACGAGUCUGGGGAAGUAUCGUGGAAAGUACUCAGAGCUGGUUACUGCAUAUCGUACAGUGCAACGAGAUAAAGAAAAAACACAGGCCAUCCUCAGCCAGUGUCAAGACAAGGCCCUCCGCAGAAUAGGAGAACUACGAGAGGAGUUACAAAUGGACCAGCAGGCAAAGAAACACCUUCAGGACGAAUUUGAUGCCGCACUGGAGGAGAAAGACCAGAUGAUUACUGUCUUGCAAACUCAGGUUACUCUGCUGAAGAAACGAGUUAAGGGAAUGACUGACGGUGCUUUGGACGCAGAGGGUGAGCCGACCAUUUCUACAGAUGCUGCAGAUUCCAAAUCCACCAGCCUAUCAAAGGACCAGGAAGGAGAACCUGAAAUACCUGAGGAAGAGGGCAUCAGCGAUCCAGCUAAACUUUUGGAAGCGCUGCAGAAGCGAGUGAAGAGGCAAGAGAACCUCCUGCAUAAGUGCAAAGAGAUGAUACGGAUGCACAAGGAGCGCAGCGUCCACAUUAGUAGUGAGAAUGAAACUCUGCAAGAGCAGCUGCAGGAGAGACUCCAAGAACUGGAAAGGAUGAAGGAACUGCACACGACUGAGAAGUCCAAGUUGAUCAAUCAGUUGCGCGAUGUCAAGAACCAAAAUGAACAGCUGGAGCAGGACAAGGGUAUGGUGAUUGCUGAAACAAAGCGGCAGAUGCACGAAACUCUGGAAAUGAAAGAAGAGGAGGUCGCGCAGCUCCGGUCCAGGCUCCACCUGGCUAAUGCCCAGAAUGAAGAUCUGCAGGACCAGAAGGAAAAGGCUGAAAAAUCCGCAUUUGAAGAGCUUGAAAGGGCAAUGGCUUCAGCGCAUAAGGCUGAGGAAGCACGAAAGCAGCUGCAGGUUCAGAUGGAGGAGCAGAUGAGGGAAGCAGAACAAAUCAAUGAAGAAGAGAGGAAGAGUCUGCAGCAGGAGCUAACACGGGUCAAACAGGAGGUUGUCACAAUCAUGAAGAAAUCUUUGGAAGAAAAGGUGGCCAACAUGGAAAAAUCCCAUAGUGAAGCCCUGGCUGCCAAGGAAGAGGACAUAAGUGACAGAAUCAGCAAGGCAGUGGAGCAGUGUAAAGAGGAGUUUGCUCAGCUAACCAAGGAAAAAGAGCAUCAGGUCUCUCUUGCUCUGGAGGAUGCAGAGUUACAGAAGACAGCUCUUAUUUCGGAGGGCGAGAAUAGAGUUAAAGAGAUUCAACAAGAGCUGGAAGUAGCAAAAACUAGAAUAAUGGAGUUGGAGAGCUCCUUGGAGAAGAUGUCCCAAGAUGGAGCAGUGCUGUCCCAUGAACAAUCCGAUCUACUGGACAAGAUGAAGGACAACCACAAAGAGCAAAUGUCUGCAUUAGAGGAAGAGCACCAGGCACAGCUGGAAAAGCACAAGGACACUCUAUCCCAGCAGCACAAAGCUGCUCUGGAAGAGCUCAAGGAAAAACAGAGGAUGGAGUUGGAGACACUUCUGAAAGAGAAAGACCUGCAGAUUCGUCUGCACACCGAGGAGAUGAAUCAGAAAUUGGAUGCAAAGCAAGCAGAGCAUGAAGCACUUUCAGUUGAACUUUCUGAAAUUUUGAAGAGUAAACAACUUUUGGAACUGAAGUUGGUUGAAGUCCAAGAUGCACAUUGUUUAGCUGUGCAGGAUCAGGUGGUCAAGCACAGUGAAGAAAUGGAAAAUAUUAAGCAGAAGCAUGAACAGUCACUUGGAGGAAUGGAGAAAACCCUGAUGGAGGAAGUUAAUGCAUUGAAAGUUAUUUUAAGAGAGAAGGACAAGGAAAUUGAAGAGCUAAUUCAAGGAGAGAAAACGCUAAAAGAAAAAUUACACUGCGAUCUGGAAGAGCUGGGUGUCAGAGCAAAGCAACUGGAGGAUUUGCAGCAAUCCUUAUCACAUCUCCAGAUGGAAAAUUCAAAGCUGAAAGAAGCUCAAGAAGAAUCAAAUAAACUCUCAAACGAUCUCGUUCAGUCUAAGACCGCCUUGACAGAUUUGCGAUAUCAGCUUGAAGUAGGGAAAAAGGACUCUCAACACAAAGAGUUAUUACUUCAAGAAUUAGAGCAGCAAUUACAGCAGAGCAAAAAGGAACUCGCAGAGCAGGAAAAGUUGCACGGAGAAGAUCUCGACACUAAAAAGGAAGAGCAAAAGAACCUCAUGAAACAGUUGGAGGAUGAAAGAGAUGCUCAAGAGAAGAAGCUGAAUGACACUAUAACAGAGCUGCAAGAUAAAUUGAAAACGCAGGAAACAAAAAUGGACAAGUUCAAACAGAAGGCCAAAGAAAUGCAAGAUCACUUUAAGAAAAAAAUUCAGCAAAAAGAAGAAUCCAUGAAGAUGGCACUUGCAAAGAAAGAUGAGGAGCUCCAACAAAAAGAGCAACAGGUCCAAGAGAAAAUUUUAGAGAUGGCUCAGAAAAAUUCAGAAGGCUUAAACGAUACAAUGGCAGAGCUGCAAGCUAACCAUUUGGGGGAAGUGGAGAAAUUACGUGAUAUCCAUAAACACGAAAUCUUGGAGCUGGAGCGCCAUUGGCAGGAGCAGUUAAAACAGCAGGAGGAGGAAUUAGUGGAAAAACACUCAACCGUACUUCAGGAAAACAUACAAGAGCUGCAAGAAUGUUCUUUAAAACUUAACAGGAGCAAAGAUGAUCAUGAGCAGCUACUAACUGCAAUGAAGAACCAAAAGGAGGAGCUUGCGAUUCAAGAAACAACUGUGCAAAAGCUUAAAGAAGAACUUCAUGAUGCAGGGGUUAAACUUGAAGAUUUGUCAACAAGAGACACUUUACUGAGAGAACAACUAGAAUCAGUAGAGAGGAACCUCAGCCAGGCUUUGAAUGAGCGAGACACCCUUAAGGACAGGCUCAACAUAACAGAGGAAGAGAGCAGAGCGAAAUUAAAGACUUUGUCAGACAAUUUGGUGGAUGUGAAGAAGCAGCUUCAAGCCUUUGAAAGUUCGAGACUGAAGGAAUGUGAGGACUUGCAGAAUAAAUCUGCAGAAGAUGCCAUUCAGAGAGAAGCCCAGUUCCAACAGCAGUUCCUUUUGAUGAGCACCCAAAUGCAGCAUUACUGCGAGGACGUCCAGAGCAAAAUGGUGGACGGCACCUCCGAACUUUGUCAGAAAGUUGAACUUAGAGUCUCUGGUUUAAAAGAGAGACUUCUGUGUAGCCAGAAAAAUGUUGUGCACCUUAAAAAUAUUCUUUCGAGCAAAGUCGAGAGAGUUUGCACUUUAGAGGAGAAUUUGCGCCAGAAGAGCGAGGAGAAUAACAAACUAUGCAUUUCAUUAGAACAGGCGACUGCUCAGGUAAAUGCUCACAUGGAGCAAAUCAAAGCCUUAACGACGGAGAAUGAGAAAAAUUCUCUUUCAGUAAGCGAAAAAGCUCUGAAGACGGAGGAGCUGAGUGAAUUCAACAGAGUCAUAUCGAUGAGUCUGAAGGAAAAUGAGUUGCAAGUGACUAACUUGGAAGGCAUCAUCAGUGACUUGAAACAGCAACUCGAAGGUAAGGAGGAAGCCAUACUUAAGCUGAAGCAGCAGCAUGAAGAGGAGAGACAAAAGGCAUUAGCCGAAAUGGAAGAGACCGUUCGGAGGUUAACGCAGGAGCGAGAGGCCACUUCUGGCCAAGCAAGUGCUCUUAAUGCAAGUCUGUCUGAGAGUGACAACACUGUAGCAUCUCUGAAGAGCAGGCUCGAUGAGCUGGACCGCCUUGUCUCUGAGAAGGACGAGGCGUUGCAAAGGCUCACUGUGAGUUUUGACAAUCAGUCCGUCAGCAAAUCUGAGAUGGACCAAGUUUUGAGCGAGAAGGAGCAGAGGGUGAGCGGUCUGACUGCAGAACUCGAGAGCUCCAACCGUCGGCUCUGUGAGCUCCAGGAGCAGUUCGACUUAAAGAUAAAAGAGUGCGAACAACUCACAGUCGACCUCAAGCAGCAGCACAGCAUCAGGGAAAACGAGAAGAAAGAAUUGGUUGAAAAGCUGCAAAAGAAUGGCCACUUAGAACAAGAGCUGGUGGAAAAACUGCACCACCUCGAGAAGGACUACCAAAAGUGCAAGAGCCAACUCAAGACUCAGGAAGAUGAAUUCGAAAGGCUGAAAGAUGAGAUGAUGAAAAGCAAAGAGGAGUGCGUGAAAGAAACCGAGGAGAGGUUGACAACAGAGAGCAAUCGUAAAGUUUCGGAGCUAAAGAAGAAAGCGGAACAGAAAAUCGGACAAAUUAAGAAGCAGCUCACUUCACAGCUCGAUGAAAAAGAUGAGCUUCUCAAGAGUCUUGAGGCGAGCCACGAGGAAUUCAAGAAAAAUGAGACCUCCAGUAAAGAAUGCAUCGACACAUUAGAGACGAAAAACAAAAAGCUCGAGGAAGAUCUUGUCAAGCUCAAAGAAGAGCAGGCGAGCCAACUGGAACGGACUCAGGCUGAUGAGAGGCGGACAAUGGAGAAGUCUUUAGAGGAACUGAGGAGCAUGUAUGAAGAGAAGCUGUCCGCACUACAGCGAGAUUCACUCCAUCAAACGGAGCUCAAACAAGCGGAAGCUCUUGAAAUGGAAUCUAGGCUGAAAGAGGCAGAGAAGCAGAAAGAAGAGCUACUUGAAGCAAUUAGCACGCUGAAAGAAGAAAUGACACAGAAGCUUGUUCAGUGUGAUGAACAUCAAGCUGCCUCGGUGCAGGCCCAGACGUCAGUUGAACCCGACAGGAAGAUUGAGCGGAGUAGCCUCCAACAAACCAAGAGCAUGUUGGAAAAUGAGAUGGAAAACCACUUAGCCAACCCGGAGGAGGAUUCUCUCGAGUCUCUCAAAAGCAAACUAAAUCACAUGAAGAAUGAGAAGGAGAAAAUUCACAAAGAUUUCACCCGGUUGCAGAAAGACAUCAGAUUAAUGAGGAAGGAGCACGAUCAGGAACUUGAAUAUGCAAAGAAACAGUUGUUGGAGGAGAGCGAACAGAAGCUAAAAUUGGAGUUAGAAGACAUUGAAAUGAAGCACAACUCAGCGAUCAAGCAGUUAAUGAGGGAGUUCAAUACACAAAUGGCCGUAAAAGAGAAGGAGAUAGACACAGCAGUGACAGAAACCAUUGGCAAGGCCCAGAUUGUGGAGGCGGAGCUUCUCAGUAGCCAUCGAGAGGAAACCAUCCAGCUGCAGAAGGCCAUUGCCCAGAAGGAGGAUGAAUUGAACAGAACUGUUCAGAAAUAUGAGCAGGUCAUCCAGAGUCGAGAGGAGGAGAUGGGCACUCGAGUGUGGCAGGUCCAGAAAGAACUGGAGGAGCUACAAGCUAGGAGCCACGACACCUCCGAGAUGAGCCCCGAGAAACUACAGGCGCAGCUUGCCGAGAAGACGACUUUGUUGAGUGAAGCUCGACUGAAGGAGCAGGGCUUUGUUGAGAGGAUUCACUCGCUUGAGGACAAGAUUAAAUGUUUCCACCGGAACACAGUCGUAACUCAUCUGGGGAGCAUGUACAAAGAUGCUGCACUCAACAAACCUGAGCCGCUCUCAGAAGCUACUGAGAUGGAGUACCUGAAGAAGGUGCUGUUUGAGUACAUGAUGGGACGAGAAACAAAAACGAUGGCCAAAGUGAUAACAUCCAUGCUGAAGUUUCCUCCAGACCAGGCUCAAAAGGUUUUGGACAAAGAGGAAUCCAAAGCAAUGCAUUGGUUGAGCGUCUGAUGCUUUGAGAUGAAAAUCAUAACGACUUGCUGCUGCUGCUGUUGCUGAAGGGGAAGACUGCCAAGGAUUUGAUGAAACCCUUCUCUCUGUAUUACUUCUAUAGUUGUGUGAAUGACCGCACACUGAAUUUUAGUGUGUUUUGUAUAGUUUGGAAUGUGUGAGUAACACUACAAGUAUGAGGGAAUCCAAACACAAAUCUUCCAUACAUCUGCAUUUUAUUUGAGAUUAAUUUGUGUUUUAGAUGCUAUGCUUCUUAUUCUUAAAUGUGUUUAUACAGAUUGGCGUGUGCAAUAAAUGGUACUGGUGUCUUAUCACAUAUCGAGGACCACAGUCAGUUGGUUUAUAGAUUUUCUUGUGACAUGCUGUCGUCCCGUUCACUUCCCUCUGCAAAACUUUAAAUGACCCUUUACCUCUGCCCUCACUACACGUUUAAGUUGGCCGCCUGUUGACCCCUUAUUUCUUCCCCAAGCUUUGUAGUCCACCCCUGACCCCAACCCCAAACGACACUGUACUUUGUAUUCAAAUGGGAUAUGUACCAUAGGGCUCAAUAUGACUUGCUAUACGUUUUCUGUAUAACAAAUUAAAUCUUAUUUACAGAAUA